CGCCGCCGCCGCCGCCGCAGAGGCCGGCGGCCACGUGCCGAGCUGGGACGCGGAGGGCAGCGUCGUGAAGAACUACUCCGCUUUCGGGGUCGUCGCCAACCCCAACCUGCUCGGCGCCCACUCCCGCGGCACGCGAGGCCUCGUCCAGAGCGCCUCGCUGCAGGCGCCCGACGUCGACGCCUUGCGGGCCCCCGUCGACGAGUUCGGCCCCGUCGACACCGGCAGUGACCUCGAGUGCGACGAUCUAAAAUCUGCACUUGGGAAGAAAAGGAGGGAUGGCAAAUCUGCACCUUUGGAGCCACUGACUAAAAUUCAACGACUAUGUAUUGGCAGAUUAAUAGAGAAGUAUGGUGACAACUACAAGGCCAUGUUCAUGGAUACCAAACUGAACUCAAUGCAGCACUCAGUGGGUACAUUAAAAAAGCUCUGUGAAAGAUACCAUGUUGGUGGCAAGACCAUCCUCUAUCCAAUGUAGCGUCGUAUGAAUCUAGAUUUCACUUUCUGCCUGUACCCUAUUUCUCCCACUAAAUGGGACAUGCAAAUUUUGCCUGUGAACGAUGUAACUUUGAUGGCUACAAUAUAAGAAUGUUUUUGUUUUA